GGGGUGAAAGCGCGACGGGACCUGAGCCGAAAGACAGGAACCUCACGCCUCAAGUCCCCGCAUCAUCCCGCCUUCACUCUCUUUCUUCCCCUGGGAUCCAGAACCUCCACCCUUCUUCUAGGCUCGCUGGCUCGUAGCCAAGUAGCUCGCGCGCCGCCUCCGCCCCGAACGCAAACAGCUGUUCCCCGAGACGUCGCCGCCCUCAACUUUGCCAACUAGUCCGCACGCACUUUGACCAGCGGAGAAACCCGGACCUAUAGGCUGGGGGCUGUUGGCGGAGUUAAAAAAAGAAAGGUGAAACAGCUGGUUUCGAGGCCGCGAGUUGCUGGGCUUUGCCUCAGAACUUUCCGGAGGCGGCGGAGUGGCCCCGCCCCGCCCCCGCGACGCCCGCGCGCACGGGCAGUGCUAGUUUCUUCGCUCGGAAAGCGCGUGGGCAGCAGCGGCGGCGGCUCCAGCGGCGCAGAGGCGGCGGGGGGAGCGGCGGUUCGGGAAAGUGGAGCUGUGGCAGCGGUAGCGCCUGCGCUUGUCAGGAACAGAUGCCUGCCAUUGAUGCCUUCUAACCCAUUCAGCAUCUUACUGUGGUGUAUUGUCCUGGGGAGUAAAAUGCUUGAGGACCCUAAACAGAUGGGCAAUUGAUGCAUUUCAGAGCCAAGGAGUGCUAAAGAAGAAAAAUUUCAGAAAAACUGCCUGUUUGAGGAGAAUAUCAGUGAACCAAGAAAACCUGUAGCGCCAUCCUGAAAGAAAACCUGGUCUACAGUAGCUUCAUAGACUUAGCUGAGGGUUUUUUACUCAAAUUGGUCACUGAUUCUGCUGCCUCAAACUUGAACCUGCCUGGAAUUUUUCUCAUGUGGAUCUAAGGGGAAUGCUUUAUUAUGGCUGCUGUUGUCCAACAGAACGACCUGGUAUUUGAGUUUGCUAGUAACGUCAUGGAGGAUGAACAGCAGCUUGGUGAUCCAGCUAUUUUUCCUGCUGUAAUUGUGGAACAUGUUCCUGGUGCUGACAUUCUCAACAGUUACGCGGGUCUAGCCUGUGUGGAAGAGCCCAAUGACAUGAUUACCGAGAGCUCCCUGGAUGUUGCUGAGGAAGAAAUCAUAGAUGAGGACGACGACGACAUCACGCUUACAGUUGAAGCCUCCUGUCAUAAUGGGGAUGAAACGAUUGAGACAAUCGAGGCCGCUGAGGCACUGCUCAAUAUGGAUUCUCCCGGCCCGAUGCUGGAUGAGAAACGAAUAAAUAAUAAUAUAUUUAGUUCUUCUGAAGAUGACAUUGUCGUUGCCCCAGUCACCCAUGUAUCCGUCACAUUAGAUGGGAUUCCUGAAGUGGUGGAAACUCAGCAGGCUCAAGAGACAUACGCUCACUCCCCAAGAACAUCAUCUCCGGAACAACCUAAGAGAAAGAAAGGGAGAAAAACAAAACCUCCACGACCAGAUUCCCCAGCCACUACGCCAAACAUCUCUGUGAAGAAGAAAAAUAAAGAUGGUAAGGGAAACACAAUUUAUCUUUGGGAGUUUUUACUGGCACUGCUCCAGGACAAAGCUACUUGUCCUAAAUAUAUCAAAUGGACCCAGCGAGAAAAAGGCAUUUUUAAACUGGUAGAUUCCAAAGCAGUAUCCAGGUUGUGGGGAAAGCACAAAAACAAACCUGACAUGAAUUACGAGACCAUGGGAAGAGCUCUCAGGUACUAUUACCAAAGGGGUAUUCUGGCAAAAGUAGAAGGACAGCGCUUGGUGUAUCAGUUCAAGGAAAUGCCAAAAGAUCUUAUUUAUAUAGAUGAUGAGGAUGCAGGCUCCAGCAUCGAGUCUUCAGAUCCAUCCCUGUCUUCAACAACCACUUCAAGUAGGAGCCACGCAAGCAGAUCGAGAGUAUCCUCAAGUCCAGGAAUAAAAGGAGGAGUCACUACAGUUUUAAAGCCGGGAAAUCCUAAAGCUACAAAACCCAAAGAUCCUGCGGAAGCUGCACAGCCAUCGGAAGUUCUGAAGACAGUGCAGCCCACGCAGUCUCCGUAUCCUACCCAGCUCUUCCGGACUAUUCACGUGGUACAGCCAGUACAAGCUGUCCCAGAAGGAGAAGCCGCCGUAACCAGUAGCAUGCAGGACGAAACAUUAAAUUCUUCUGUUCAGAGUAUUAGGACUAUACAGGCUCCAACCCAAGUUCCAGUGGUUGUGUCUCCUGGGAAUCAGCAUUUGCAUACAGUAACACUCCAGACAGUGCCAAUCACAACAGUGAUAGCCAGCACAGAUCCAUCAUCGGGUGCUGGGUCUCAGAAAUUUAUUUUACAAGCCAUUCCGUCCUCACAGCCCAUGACAGUACUGAAGGAGAAUGUCAUGCUGCAGUCACAGAAGCCAGGCUCCCCGCCUUCAAUUGUCUUGAGCCCUGCCCAUGUACAGCAGGUUCUUACUAGCAAUGUUCAGUCCAUUUGCAAUGGAACCGUCAGUGUGGCUUCAUCUCCGUCCUUCAGUGCUACUACUCCUGUGGUGACCUUUUCUCCUCGAAGUUCACAACUUGUUGCUCACCCACCUGGCACCGUAAUCACUUCGGUUAUCAAAGCUCAAGAAACAAAAACUCUUAUACAGGAAGUGGAGAAAAAGGAAGUUGAAGAUCAUUUGAAAGAAGACCUUGAGAAGACUGAGCAACAGCCACAGCCAUACGUGAUGGUGGUGUCCAAUUCCAAUGGGUUUGCCUCUCAGGUAGCUGUGAAACAAAAUGAAUUGCUGGAACCCAACUCUUUUUAAUUAAUAUACCAAAGGAAUUCUGGAUGGUUGUUUUUUAAUUGAACAUUUCCAGUUGUAUGCAAACUAUCUGAUUGAUUCUAAGAUCAGUUCUACAGAAGUUCCUAAUUUUGUAGUUAAUCGUUAAAAAUAUUAAUUUAGAGUUAAUUUUGACUUUGUUAGAUGAGGGAGGGUACUCAAGUGCUUCUCUUUGUUCUCCAAAUGUUUCAGAAUUCAAUUGUGAAGGAACAGGCAUUUUAUACUAUGAAGACAUUCUUUUCAGAUUUUUUUUCAGUUGCUAUACCAUAAACGUUUUUAAAGUUUCUUUUUUAAUUUUA